CGAUCCUCGCAAGAAGCGGUUCCCUCUUGCAUCCCCUUGAUCCUGCUCUUCAUCUUCUCUUUCUCUUUUCCUUUCCUUCAAACAGAGGCCGGCAGCAUGGAGGUUGCUUCGGGGAUCAUCUCCCUGACGUGCGACGUGUUUGACGCCACUGUCAGGAUCUUCAACUUCAUCACUGCUCUGGUGGACAUGCCAAGAGAGUACGAGCAAUACAGGCUGCAGCUUAUCAUCGAGUACAACCGCGUCCUGGCCUGGGGUAAGGCUGCUGGUCUGAUCGACGUUCCCGAAGGCUCGACUCUCGGUGCCACGCUGGGAGCCGAGGGAAUUGAGCUGGCGGCCACCAUUGCCCGAAUCCAGUGGCUUCUUUCCGAGUUCAGGGAUCUCAAUGCCCGCUACGGGAACGAAGUGCCGCGCCCUUCCAAGGAAGGAGAUCACGAGAAGGGGAUUGACGGCCAGCCGACGGACAUCGAUGUCCUCAAGGCCAUCUCCAGCCUGGCAGUGUCGUACGAGGCAAAGAAGAAAGAGCGCAGGCAUCGUCGGGGAACCAACCAUAUCCGGGAAUUCUUCGAAAAGGCUGCGCGAAAUGCGAAAGAUGUCGUCACCCAUCCAAUACGGGUGCGAUGGGUAGCGAUUGACAAGGACGCCUUCGCUGCGCUGCUGCAGGAUCUCCAUGUCCUCACGGAGCGGCUGCAUGAGCUCAUGAGGAACUACCGGGAGAAGCGGAUCGACGACAUCACGGCCAAGACAUACAGGGAGAUGAUCCUGACCAGAGACAACGUCCAGGACCUGAAGUUCAUGCUGGAUGCCGUCACGAGCCUCAUCUCCACGUCCGCGCUGACCCGCAAGGAAAAGGAGGCCCAUACCAACGACAGGACGCUCCAGGACCUCAUCCAGCUGAAGAAGAUCAGCCGCGCCUCCGAGUCCAUCCUGUCCCAGCUGGCGCACGACCCGACCUUCGACAUCUCCGGCCGGCUCUCCGAGCUCGGCAUCACCGUCCGCGCGUACAGCGAGGCCGACCUCAGCGAAGACUUCACCUGGAACGAGCACGAAGUCGACGCGCCCGAGCGCCUCCCCCGGCCGCGGGGCAUCCUCACCACCAACGAGGGCGACAUCCCCGUCUGGAUCGAGUGGAAGUCCAUCGGCAACAUCCCGCCGGGCUCCGACAGGGAGAAGGAAGCGGGCCUGCGCACGCUCGCGCUGGCCGAGAUGCUGCACCUGCCCAAGCCGGCGACGCUGCACGCGCCCGAGUGCAUCGGCUACUUCGACGACCGCGACGUGUCGGGCGCGGACCGCUACGGGUGGAUCUUCAAGAUGCCCGACGGCAGCGACUACGACACGCGCGUGCUCUCGCUGCACGACAUGUUCGGCCGCGGCGCCCGCCUCCGCCCCAGCCUGUCGCAGCGCGUCGCCAUGGCCUCGGCCCUGUGCGCCACCGUGCUGGACCUGCACGCCGUCAACUGGCUGCACAAGGGCAUCUUCAGCGACAACGUCCUGUUCCACUUCAACGGCGACGCAGGGGGGGCCGCUGCUGACGACGCCGGCCUAGGCUACGACCCGGAGAAGCCCGUCCUGUCCGGCUUCGAGUUCUCGCGCCCCGACGGCACGCACACCACGGCGAGGGAAGUAGACGUCGUCUGGGACCUGUACCGCUGGCCCGCCAUCCAGCGGGAGCGCCCGACCGAGCGCAACUCGAGGAAGACGUACGACCUGUACAGCCUGGGCCUGGUCCUGCUGGAGAUUGCCCACUGGGAGAAGCUGUCCACGCUGAUGCACCUGGGGAAGAAGGAAGCGGACAGCGGCGGAGGAGUAGACGGGCACAGUGUGCCGCUGGGCGAGUCCAAAAUGGUGAGGGACUGGUUGCUGGGGAUCCAGGGCGGGGCGCCCUUUGAGGAGGCCGGCCUGCCGAAUCCGCUCCAGGAGCUGCGCAAUAUUGCGGGCGACAGGUACUGGCGGGCGGUGGAGAGGUGUUUGUGGGCCCACGGCGAGAAGGGGUUUGGCGUGGACGAACUGGCGGACCAGUCGAACGACUCUAGCGUGGGGAUUGCGUUGCAGGAGGCCUUCACGGAGCACGUAGUCGAAGCGUUGAGGAGCGUUCACGUUUAGGAACCUUGUCUUUGUAGGGAGCAGCCAGCUAGCUCCCUUAAACGUGGACAAUCCGGAGUUGCUGGCACUCUGGAACAUUAACCUGGAACAGCUGGUAGCAUAGAGCCAGUCGCCAUGGAAACCAG